AUGAAAUUUGAGGAUUUUGGCGCUCUCUAAGACCCUUAUUAUGAUUAAUUUCAUUCGGCACCUACUUAGUAUAGUUGUUUUUUAGUUAAAUGGCGGACGAUCUUCAAAACUAUAAAUUGCAACUGCAACAGGUGGAAGCAGCUCUUCAAACUGAUCCAGAAAAUGACGAGCUAUUAAAACUCAAAAGUGAUCUUGGCGAAGUUAUUACCCUUACUCGCGAUCUGAUACAAACUCAACUAGAAGAACAGCAUAAAUCUUCAUAUGUGGAGCCGUCGUCAACUAAAACAGCGUCCUCAAACUAUUUCGACGAAAUUGAAGCUGCUCUUUUAGAAGCAGAAAAAUUAGUUUCAGCUGCUAAGAUUUGGAAGAUUGGAGAUAAGUGUCAAGCUAAAUGGAAGGAGGAUCGUCAGUACUACGACGCUACUAUUGAAGAUAUAUCAAACAAUGGAGAAGUCAGUGUAAUUUUUGAUGCCUAUCAAAAUCGGUCAACGACACAUGUCAACGAGCUGAGAGAACGCACUACUCGGAACGAAGUUUUUCCUUCUAAUAAGCGUCACAGACCCAAUCAAAAAGAAUACUUAAAAAAACGCAAGCAAAAAAAACAACAGCGAUUCAAAGAUUUGGAAGAGGAACGUGAAUCAGACAAAAAUAAAUGGCUUAAUUUUACCACAAAAAAUCAAAAAAAGAACGGAGUGAAAGCUAAAAGUAUAUUUGCCUCUCCUGAUAAUGUAAGCGGCAGAGUAGGAGUCGGUACGUGCGGAACCGCAGGAAAAGGAAUGACUGAUUUUACUGUGGGCGAAAAAUAUAGGAAGGGUCUUUAACCUGGUAAAUUAAAUAAUUAAAAUAAAAUGUUAAAACACCGA